GAACACUAAAUUGGUUACCCCGAAAUCAGUCAGAAUCGUCGGAGACGAAGAAGAAGAAAGAUGACGUUGAAGAAGCUGGACGCGAAUCCAUCAACCUUAGAAUCGGUCUUGGAACAAUUGAAAUCGGACGAAACCAAUCGUAGCAAGAUCAAUUUCAUACUCUUCCUCGCCGACAACGAUCCCACCACCGGUCAAAGCUGGUGUCCAGACUGUGUUAGAGCUGAACCUGUGAUUUACAAGACUCUAGAGGAAUUUCCAGAGGAGGUAAAUCUUAUUCGUGCUUACGCCGGAGAUAGACCGACGUGGAGGACUCCGGCGCAUCCGUGGAGAGUUGAUCCACGGUUUAAGCUAACCGGAGUACCAACUCUUGUUCGUUGGGAUGGUGACUCUGUUAAGGGACGUCUUGAGGAUCAUCAAGCUCACAUUCCUCACUUGAUUCUGCCUCUUCUUGCGCCAUCCACUUGAUUUGAUCGAUUUCUCGGUAUGAGUUUGUUCUCGGGGUUUAGGUUAUGGAAUCUCUAAUCUUCUUGGGACAAUGUGUGAAGGAGUAAUGCGACUGAAACUUAUAUAUAUUUCUCUUUGUGUUGUUUUCUAAUAAGUCCUUUACAAUGUGUUAAGGAGUAAUGAGACUGAAACUUUGUUUAGUUUCAUUGGUAUGGUUUCGUGCUCAAUGUACUGUUACUUUUGGAAUUAAUUAUGUUGACAUUAGCUGAAUUUUGGACUCCA